UGGCAGCCGACGAGGAGACCGGCAGACUCGUCGAGAUCGGCAACAUGGAGCAGUUGGCGGCUCUCGUGCUAACCGGCGAGGGACACCGACUGGUCGGCAGAAACUCGAGCAACCCCGAGAUACAGGCGUUCAUCGACAAUGUGCCCUCUUACAUGGAAAAAAUACGCGCCGUGCACAAGGCAGCGAGAGAAGGCAGUCUCAAGGACCUGCAGAUAUAUCUGGACCGGCGCAAGUUCGCCAUCGCUAAGGAUUCGUCCUCCCCCCACGGGGCCACGCCCCUUCACGUUGCCGUCAUUUUCGGCCACACGCCCGUCAUCAGGUAUCUAGCGGGAAGGUUUCCAGAAACUUCUCACGCCCUAGACCUCGACGGGCGAACGCCGCUGCACUACGCAUCGGUCUUGGCAGACAACGGACAUUACUUCAACCUUCUGCUCCACCUGGGUGCCAAUCCGCUCGUACAGGACAACUUUGGCCACAAAGCGGACUAUUACAAGCAAAAUCAGGAGGACCUGUCGCACAAACAAUUGUUGCGUGACUUUGGCGCUCCCGAGUCAUUGGCCGACGAGAUGCUCGUUGACAAAGACGUCGCGUUGGUCCAUGAAGAGGACGGCAAGUACUUGGCCUCAUCUCUCGCCCAUCCACUGAUGAAGGGCCUGUCGGAGGUGGCUUCGACUCGGCCCAGAGAUCCCGUGGCCUACUUGGCCACUUACCUCUACAACUUUGCCAACCGGGCCAAGUCGGAGGAUGAAAAAACCGAGGCCUCGAGUGUGCUGAUGAUCGAAGAGGUGAAAUCCGACGAUCAGCCAAAAGACAAGAACGGCGACGCCGUCGACGACGGUUACCCCCAGAGCCCAAACUUGGACGUCCUCGAGUCGCUCUUCUCGGACACCGAGCGGGACGAAGACGGUCAGAGCUCGUUGCACUACGCGGCCUCCCGAUCUCACGCCAAGGACGGUCUGUGUCACGUGCUGCAGGAGCGACAGAUCAACAUAGCGUGCAGGGAUGCGACGUACAGGACCGGCAGGGACGUGGCCGAGCAGCACCAAAAUUACGACAACGUCCGAGAGAUCGACCGCUUCGUUGUCUAUCUAGCGGCUCGGGGUGAAACGGUGAAACUGGUCGAGCUCAUGCUGGCUGGGUACGAUCACAUUCUGGACGCGGAAGAUGCCGGCCAGAACAUCCUGCGGAUCGCCGAGGAGGAGAAGAACGACGACACGGUCAAGUUUUUGAACUCCAUUCAGAACUUUACGACGAUGAGGGACGAGGUCCAUCGAGCCGUGAGGAUGGGCGCCGAGGGAAGGGUGCAGGAGCUGCUCGAGAUGAACAGCGAGGGCUCGACGUACAUGGCAAUCGCGAGAAAUGCGUACGGGCGCACCGCCCUGCACAUAGCCGUGCUGAGGGAGAACGAGGGAAUCGUGCGCUAUUUGGCCGACAAUUUUUCCGAGACCCUACAAAUUGGUGACAAUCUCGAAAGGAUGCCCCUGCACUACGCUAUGGGCGUGCCAUCGGUGGAGGUCAUGAGCAAGAUUCUAAUCAAGGCCGGCGCCAAGAGGGUGCAGAAAGACCUGAGAUCGCGACAGCCGUCGUACUAUUUCAUGAACAAGACAGACAUCAAGCAACUGCAGGACGAAGAAGAGGCGCUGGUACAUAUGCACUGAAGGAAAUCAGAAGAAGAAACAAGGCCAAAUAUCGUCAAACGUGCUCCUCCACGCAUUUUUCAUAGAAAAAAAAAAAAAA